UUCAUAUUCUUGAGUUAGGCAUAGGUUACUUUUAGUCUUUUAGUGUUAGGCAUAGGUUCCUGUUCUUGAGUUAGGCAUAGGUUACUUGUAGUCUUUUAGUGUUAGGCAUAGGUUCCUGUUCAUACUUGACAGUUAGGGGUAGAUUGCUGGUGUCAAGUGGCAGUGAGCAGCGCUCACUCGGUAAGCACACGCCUGAUUGCUCAUGCGAAGACAUGAGUGCGAGUGCCGUGAGCACGGAGGCCCGAUGGCAUCUUGGAUGGACUGAAUUUGCAGCUUGUGACUUUUGUGUUGCAGACCGUCGAGGAGCAGAGUGUGAGUGGCUGCGCCGUUGUGUUGGGCCUCAGGAGAACAGUGUGUGCCUGUGUCUCGAGCAUCGUGCGUGGCCGUUGCCAGAAAGCAGCCUCCUGGAGAGCAGCAGAGCAGCAGGCUGUCUGCGCUAUGGCCGCUGAGCUGCAUUUCUCGCCCCCUGAGAUCCCUGAGCCCACGCUGAUGGAGAACGUGCUGCGCUACGGCCUCUUGUUUGGAGCCGUUUUCCAGCUUGUGUGCGUGUGGGCCAUAACCCUGCCAGUUCCCAAGUGCCCAGAGACAGACUCGGACGGCUUGGAGUCUAAGACUUGGGAGACGGUGAAGAAACCACAGGCAAGUGCUGCACAGCUAAGCAAGAAAGCCAAGAAGGAAAGCAAAAAGAAACGGUGA